AUGUCGCAGCAGACCGUCAUCCGCAUCCCCGGCGAGCGCAACUCGCUCAAAAACUUCAAAGCCUUCGAAGAACCCAUCCCCAAACCCGCUAAACAUGAGGUCCUCAUCAGGGUGCACUCGGUAUCCUUGAACUAUCGGGACGUCGGCGUUGCCCUCUCCCUCUACCCGUUCCCGACCAAGGACAACGUGGUCCCUUGCUCCGACGCCGCCGGCGUCGUCGUCGAAGUCGGCGAGGGCGUGAAGAAUGUCGCCAAGGACGAUCAUGUCAUCAGCACCUUUGACCCUACAAACCUCUACGGCCAGCAGAUGGACUGGGAGAACGGGCACGGCGCCCCGGUUGAUGGAGUCCUCCGCGAAUACAUUACUGUUGCGGCCGCUGCUGUCGUCAAGGUCUUGAAGGACUCGCCUCAGAGUUUCUCCGAGUGGUCCACCCUUGUCUGCACUGGUGUCACGGCCUGGAAUGCUCUCUACGGCCUUACUCCGCUGAAGCCGGGCCAGAUUGUUUUGUUCCAAGGAACGGGCGGCGUCUCCAUCACAGGUCUCAUCCUCGCCAAAGCCGCCGGCGCCGUCACAAUCAUCACCUCCUCCAGCGACGAGAAACUCAAGUACGUCCAGGAAAAGUUCGGCGCAGACUACACAGUCAACUACAAGACGCACCCCGAAUGGUCCAAAGAAGUCCUCCGCCUGACAAACGGCGAGGGCGUCGACUACGUCUUCGAGAACGGCGGGUCCGGGACCAUCGCCGAGAGUAUCAACUCGGUGAAGAUGGGCGGCAAUGUUUCUGUUAUCGGGUUCCUCUCCCAGGCCAAGGAGAUGCCUGAUGUUGCGAGCAUGGCGCUUGCUAAGGGCGUGGUUGUUCGUGGGGUUGUUGUUGGCUCGACGCAGCUUUUGCAGGAGGUUGUCCGCUUCGUUGCGCGCAAGGGACUGCGUUUGCCUGUGGAGAAGGAGUUUGGGUUCUCCGAGGAGAAUGUUGUCAGAGCAUUUGAGUAUCUUACCUCGGGGAGCCAUAUUGGGAAGGUUUGCAUUAAGCUGGUGGAAUAAAAGCCUGGCAGGCACAGCAUAGGGAUUUCGGCUUCCGGACGAGGUAUUCCGUCAAUAUGCGAACGAGGAAGCGAGAGAGAGGAACAUACCAAAGCCUUAGACCGCUGGAAUUGCCG